AUGGCGGCUAAGGAGAGGUUCACACUGAAGGCUACCGGGAAAGAGUGCGCCUCCGGUGCGCCGUCGCUCAGCCCUGACCAAUCCCCGCCCUCGGUCCUGCCUCCGGAGAGAAAUGCCGCGACGAGCCCAACCUCGACCCAGAGUCACCACCACGCGUCUCCGAACUCGACCGCGCAAGCCCAUCCUCCACCGCCGCUCUCACGUUCGAACCUUGGAGCCGUGGCCGUCGUCAGCUCCCUUGCCGGACAGGAGCCGCAGCUGUGGUACUGCUGCCCGCACUGCGAGAGGAUGUGCCCGAACAGAAACACGUUGGCGGUUCACGUGCGCAUCCACAUGGAAGAUAAGCCUUUCAAGUGCGCGCUGUGUCACACCGCCUUCACGACAAAGUCAUUUCUGAUAGAACACGUGAAAAAGCACAGCACCGUCAAAACUUGGACGUGCGACGUGUGCUUCCAGCCCAACUGCGCCAAGCACGAUAUCCGGCUUCACGUUCGUCGUCGGCAGGCUGGGGAGCGACCGUUCAGGUCCGAUCACCGCAACAAGGCAUUCGCCGUCCGUACGGGUCUUGCGGGCCCCAAUGACACUCGCCCAGACGGAGGUCCCGUCGUGUGCGAGGCCUGCGGGGCGAGCUUUGCGGGCUGCAGUGAUCUCCAAAAGCAUUUUCUGGCGAUGCACGGAAAUUGGAAAUCCAACACUGGCGACAACUACGGCAAUUCAUCUAAGCUCCCGGAAAACUAUCGGCAGGUGCACAGCAACCCGAAACUUCACAUGUGUCACCUGUGCCCGGCCCGCUUCACCAGGAACUACUCACUGGUGGUUCACCUCAGAACUCACGCCGACGACCGCCAGCACGGCUGCGACCAAUGCGACAAGCGCUUCGUCACUGUCUCCCGACUGAGAGAACAUGUUCGGGCCGCCCACUCGCCGCAUCCUACGUUCGGCUGCAAGUACUGCCCCACGAAGUGCUCGUGGAGGUCUUCGCUCACGUACCACGUGAAAAAGUGCCACCCUACAGCCGGCAAGGCAUGAGUCUGGCGCCUCUGUGUUCGAGCGCCGGACGGCGUUUCCGCGCGAAAAUAAAACGCGCUA